AUGCCGCCUAAGAAGCGCCGGAGAAAAGCGCCGACUGGCGCCCAUGUCGCUCAGCCCAAGCCUAAGGGCAAGGCCAAACCAAAGUACCACGCGCUGACUUCCACCAAUGGCAACCGGCUCACGGUCAUCUCUUACCCACCAGACCCUCCGCUCGGGCGGGCCUGGGAAUACGAGAUCGUCAAACCUCGAGUCCACAAUGCCUUUCUUGCUCUUCGAGUACCGCCCGAGAGGUUGCGACCUUUUCUUGAGAAGUACGGGCCAGGAUCUGGGCAGGGAGUCGCUGGCGCAGAGUCUGCAGACAGAGCAGAAAACUCGGAAUACUUGGAUUCAGGACACGAGGACACGCAGCAAGGGGACUCGAACGACUCACCAGACUUUGCUAGACUCGUUGAAACACCAGAGUCUUUGCGACAGGAGGCAGCGACACACCCAGACGACUCACCGGCCACACACACAGCCAGUGGUACUGUAGAAGGUACACAGCGACGCGACUCAGUUCUCGAGCCAGGAGAGAUCCGGGAGGACUCGAAUUUCUCAGCAGCUUCUAGCACCGCCAGAAGCCCUCGCAGCAAAGUCGUGAGCUUGAGAUUGCCCAAGUCGUAUUAUCGACAUACAGGACAGCCAUCCGUUGAGUCACCCGAGGCACCGGAUUUCAGUCCCAUCACACCUUUUGGAUACGAGGGUUUUACCCCAUUGGGGCAUGCUGGUGAGGGAAGUCCGUCUGACGACGUCGCUCAAGUUGGGAACGAGGUCGAAGUACCCAAGAGUCCUAUAGCAGAGGUCCACGCUGAGCCAGUUUCUCCGGCUCAAGUCGAAGUCAGCCAAGAUCGAGCUGUCCAGAUCGAGAGCGAAGUCACAAUAACAGCACCGAGUCUUGUACAAUUGACCAACGAGAAGGACGUCUUUUCUGUGCACGAAGAAGUCUCAGCAAAUACUGAAGCGGCCAGUCCUAGAAACCAAACCUUGCGGAUUGAGAACGAGUUUUCGACAUCACUUCCAGAGCUUGUGCCCGAAACCGAAGCUGAGCACCUACCGUUUGUACAAGAACAAGUAAGCCAGAAUAACCUCGAUCAGAUCGACGACGAAACAUUCACAGCAGCACCAAGUUCGAUACCAGAAACCAAAGAAGGUUACCUUCCUUCUGUACACGAAGAAGUCCCAGCGAGCGGAAGUGAAAACCAGCUUGCUCGUCCUGAGAGCGAGACAUCAGCCGCAGCGGCAGCAGCACAACAUCUUGUAGCAGACUUCGAAGUCGCGCUCGUACCAUCUGUACAAGAAGCUGCAGUCUCAGCAAAAGCCGCCGAGACAAAUCCCAAGAACCAGGUCACUCAAGUCGAGAACGAACGUUCUCAAGAUAUAGUAGCACCAGGCCUUGAGCCAGAACGCAAAACCGAGCACAUCCUUGCCGUACAAGAACGGCCCAGCCAGGAUCGGGAAGACGAACGUGUCGAAGUCGGUGUCGCUCGAGGACUGCCAGUCACUGCUCAUCAUUCAUUCGUCACUCUCGGAUUCUCCCAACGACGAUCAGAGUUCAUAAACCACUCACUGAGCCAUCCAGCAUCCGUCCCUUACUCGAGCAGUCGCACCAGGCACACACUUCCCAUCACUGCUCAUCAUUCUUACGUGACUCUCAAAUACAACAAACGCAGAGCAUCCGUCCUCGAACAAUCGCCCAAACGUCCGAAGCGUCGCGGCAGUGCCAAACCAUCAGGCACUCCCAGCCGAGGAACGCGCAACAACAGUGUCGCAACACCCACUCGGCGCAACACACGAGCUCACUCAGCCAUCCCGGACCUCCCACCACCACCAACAAUGGGCUCUGUCAAAGACCCCAACGACGUCUCAACCGUCAUCAAAGACGUCGUCGACAAUCUCUACGACGUCCAGUCCAAGACCCAUGGCUACAUUCCCGAGACUCAAGACCUCCUUGUCGAGCGCCUGACCGACCUCACCACCUCCCUCACCCAGCUCCGCGAUUUGACCAAUCGUCAAAAGACACCCAGCAACCCGAUCCACGACGUGCGAAUCCCCCCGGAAAUUGUCGACUAUGUCGAUGAAGGCCGCAAUCCCGACAUCUUUACUCGAGAUUUCGUGGAAAAUGUGCAGAGAGGCAAUGCGGUGGUAAAUGGGAAGAAGCAAGCAUUUAGAGACUUUAGUGUAAUUUUUGCGCAGAAGUUGAAAGAGGGCAUCAAAGGAGUCGAUCAGCAUGUUGAUCGAAUCAUGGAGCAAGCUGGAUUGGAAAAGGAGUUGGAAGAGGCAAUGAGGAAGACCAAUGACCAGAAAGCAGCGAACGCGAAUGGGGAUAGCAAGGUGGACGUGGUGAUGCUGGAGAAUGGACAAGGGAAGUGA